AUGGACGAAUUACCAUUGAAGAGUUUCGAAACUGAACGGAGGGCGAGAUAUCUUAAUGCGGUCAGCGCGGCUCGUAUCCUCGCAUUGAUGCUCGGCUUCACGAUCAUGCCACCCACAGAUCCGAGUCCCAGAAUGAAGAACUUCUCCAGCAAGUUCGCAGCACUGAGUUCGAUCGUUACCCAUAUUUGCAAUCUAUCGGGGAUCCCAGGCGUCUCAAUCGGCAUCCUUCAUCAUGACGAAGUAGUCUAUCAGGCUUCAUUUGGGUAUGCCGACGUCGAAAACAAGGUACACUGCGACAGUGACACCACGUACGUCUUGGGCUCCCUUAGCAAAGCCUUCACAGCAGCUCUAUUAUCGUCCCUUGUCGAUGAGAACGCGUUAGGCUGGGACACCCUUCUAAAGGACGUCUUGACCGACUUUCAUCGCUCCGACGUCUAUGGGGAUAUCACAAUCGCAGAUCUGCUCACUCACCGAACUGGGCUGGCCGCUCUGGACUCAUUAUGGCUGGCCUCGGACAACAUUCCUUUCCUCAAGAGGUCCGAAGCAAUCUCGAUACUCAACCAUGCCCCCGCUGUUAGACCAUUCCGGGCCGACUUCCUUUACAACAACUUUGCGUAUGAGGUACUCAGCCAGGUAAUUGAGAACCGGACUGGCACUACCUUUAGUGAAGCUCUCCAUAAGCGACUUCUCAACCCGCUCAGCAUGAGUAGGACCUAUUACACCUCGGACACUAUGGAGAAUGAAGCAAGUCCUUACGCUGCCUUGACAAACACGUCCGUUGUUCGAAUACCUCCAGCUAUAAAGGGCAAAGAUAAUCCCUCAGGUCGAUCGGAAAAUCCUAUCAAAAACAUACUCAAACUUUGGCGAGGUCAGAUGCCUUUGCCAUCGCGCUCGCUACGAGAACACUCCUACGCUUUCGGUUGGGCACGGGCCCAACUCCCAGCCAUACUAGCUCCGGGUGACAAUGGGAAGAGCGAACUUAGUCCCGUCGUUGGUACGGGCGCACCGUCUCGUCUGGCUCUUUAUCAUGGCGGGAGCAUUCCUGGAUACAACACAUACAACGCUCUAUUUCCCGAGACUGGUAGCGCAGUCAUUGUGUUGACAAAUUCGCUUUCGCUCAAUGGCGGUGUUCGGUGGAUCGGCGAGCUCCUUAUUGAGGCACUGUUUGACAACCUUGAGAAUGCGGUGGAUUAUGGUGAUUUGGCGCGGAAGUCAGCGAAGAGUACAAUAGAUGAAGUCGCUGACCUCAACAAGAAGCUCUCUGACGGACAGACGGUGUCCAAGCCGACACGGUCCCUGGAUAGCUACGUAGGGCGAUAUUGCAAUGCCGCUGGGAAUUUUUUUGUUGAUAUCAAUCAUAACGAGAAAGAGGAGACACUGUUUGUUUCCUAUAUGGGACGCUCCGCCGACACAUUUCAACUUGUUACGUACAAGGAAGACAGCUUUUCUUGGAGCUUGACCUACGACGAACUCGUGGAACGUGCGCGAUACACCGUGGAUCCUAUCGACUACCACAUCAUCAAGUUCGAAGCCGACAAAACUGGCUCAAACAUCCAGUGCUUGUGGUGGAGACACGAUUCUGAGUUGAAGGAACCAGGGGAAGCCUUCUACAAGCGACAAGAAGAGUCUCAAACCAUGGAUGAGAACCAGGAGCUCUGA